AUGGCAGCCACGCUGCCGCCGAUCGAGACGCUUUGCAAGGAGUCUUUCCUCCUGGAAGAUCCUUCGGCAUCGGGGCGCUUGGACCAGGCUCAUUUCAAGGCUGCGUUGCGCCGGGUCUUCUCCGGGCUGGCCGGAGCUGUGCCGCAGCCGGACGACGCAUGGUUUGGGAAGGUCUUCGAGAGCUAUGCUGCACGCUGUGGCGGCAAUGGCGUCUCACUCCGGGCGAUGGAGGACGCGGCGAAGCAGUUCGUCGCCCACCAUCAGCGCAAGAAGGAGGCUGCCCAGCAGGCCACGUCCACGCCGGCCGCAACCAAAGCUGUGAAGUGCAUCGAGUCAUCAGGGGCUCUUGGUCCCGGUCCGGCGGGCCGGGUGCAGCCAGCCAAGCAGGUUCUCCAAGACUACGCAGGGUCCCAGGGCGGUGACGCCAUGCCCAACCAGGUGCCGUUUCCUCAGAACCUCCAGGGCUAUGCCCAAGAGACCUCUGGGAGGCGCGGUGGGGGAGCUGUUGAGCUCGCCUCCGCUGUGAUGUGCCCAAUGAAGCAGGGGGCCACAGUGAACGAAGAAUACGUCUUCGACCAGAAGCUCGGCGAGGGCAGCUUUGGACAAGUCUGCGUCGUGACCCACAAGAUUACCGGCCAGCGGCGGGCUUGCAAGCGCGUGUCGGUGCAGACGGAGACUGACCGGAGGCUGGUGGAUACGGAAAUCCAGCUUUUGAAGAAGCUGGAUCAUCCGCACAUCAUGAGACUCUCCGAGUGCUUCGUGGAGCGCGCGGGUCUGUUUCUGAUCUCAGAGCUCUGCGAGGUAGCCAACAACGGCAACCUCGACAACUGA